AUGGAUAGAUUUAAGGCAUCUCCGAAUGCUAUCGAUUUGUGCUAUUUUAUCAAACAACACAAGAAAUUCGAACCUCCCAGUGGUGUCCCACCAAUGUAUUUCGCUCUCGGGAUUAAUCACUGUGCCGACGGUUCUGCUUACUUAGAAUACGGUCGUAUAAAGGUCGCAUGUUGUGUCUGCGGUCCUAUUGAACUAAAACAAGAUGGGCAACUCGUAACUUCAUUUCGAUUUGCUCCAUUUUCCUCUCAAGUCAGAUGCGAUAGUCUCAGGGAUGCCGAGGAAAAGCGUCUGAGUCAGCUACUUCUUGCCGCUCUCGAACCAUCCAUCAUUCUUGACAGUUUUCCCCGCGGCAAGUAUCAGAUAGCCGUAACCAUCCUAGAUGAUGGUACGGAGCUGACCGAUUACAUCUGCAAUACAUCCUCUUGUUUAUCCGCUGGGAUUACGUGCGGAACUCUUGCACUGGUUCAUGCUGGUGUUCAAAUGUACGAUCUGGCCAUUGGGCUGGACGUAGUCUCAGCAGCACUCAAUUCAAGCACUUCUGAGAGCAAUGCGUCGGUAUCCUCGAUUGCAGUAAUGCCCCAACUGCGCCAAGUGACUAUGUUCAACGGAACAUCGUUGGAGCUUCUUUCUGUGGGUGAUCUGCGGAAGGUUAUGGAGGAAGCUUUCACGAGAGCAGAAUCAGUUUAUAAUACCAUUCAAGAUGCCCUUUACUCUAUGAUGAAGAACGAAUACGAGGCAUUGGAAAAGCCGGAAUAA